AUCAGCUGUGUCCAAUCACAGCUGAUCACAUCUGUCAUGCUGACAGUUCAAGAGGAGAGGAGAGCCGGGCACUGAUGAUCAGUGUGCCCUGAUGAUCAGUGUAGCCCCAGCAGUCCCACCUGUCAGUGAUCAUCAGUGCCUUGUGUCAGUGCCUUGUGCUAGUGCCCAUCAGUGCCACAUCAAUGCCACAUAUCAGUGCCUACCAGUGCACAUCAGUGCCACAUAUCAGUGCCCAUCUGAGCUGCCU